CACACAUGUGUAUACACACACACACACACAUAACGACGAAAGACCUCUCUGCUUCUCUCUCGUCUUCUCCCUCUUCCUCACGAGCAACCAUGGCGGCGGCGAUCGCGAAACCGGAAAUGCAACCGCAAGUAAACGUCCAACAGUCCUCGACUCUCGCCUCGCUUUACGUCGGCGAUCUUAGCCCCGACGUCACGGAGGCCGAUCUCACCGCCAAAUUCUCCUUGACUGUCCCCGUCGUCUCCGUCCAUCUCUGCCGCAACUCCGUCACCGGAAAAUCACUCCGUUACGCUUACGUCAACUUCGAUUCAACCAUCACCGCAUCGAACGCUAUGGCAUGCUUGAACCACACUGAUUUGAAAGGGAAGACGAUGCGGAUAAUGUGGUCUCAGAAAGACGUUGCGUACCGUCGUCGUAGCGGAUUGGGGAACCUCUUCGUUAAGAAUCUCGACAGCUCCAUCACCAGCAGUUGCUUGGAGCGGAUGUUUAGUCCCUUUGGAGUCAUACUUUCUUGCAAAGUCGCCGAGGAGAAUGGCCAGAGUAAAGGCUUCGGUUUUGUUCAGUUCGAUACAGAGCAAUCCGCUGUUGCUGCUCGUCUUGCAUCCCACGGCUCUAUGGUUGAUGGCAAGAAACUGUUUGUAGCGAAGUUUAUUAAGAAAGGUGAAAGAGCAGCUAUGUCUGGGGUGAAUCAAGAGUUCACAAACGUUUAUGUGAAGAAUUUGGUGGAAAGUGUUACAGAGGAUUAUCUCCAUACGAUGUUUUCUCAAUGUGGGACAGUCUCUAGUGUUGUGGUUAUGAGGGAUGGUGUGGGAAGAUCAAGAGGUUUCGGGUUUGUCAACUUCUGUCAUCCAGAGAAUGCAAAGAAGGCUGUGGAAACUCUCAACGGACGUUUACUUGGUCCGAAGAAGCUGUUUGUUGGAAGGGCUCUGAGAAAAGCUGAAAGGUUGGAGAUGCUGAAACAAGAGCAUAAAGGCAACUUUGUUGCCAAGUUUAAUGUUGGGUGGCCUAAGCUGUACGUGAAGAACUUGAAUGGAUCAAUGGACGAAACAAGGCUGCGAGACAUAUUUGGAAGAUUUGGGAAGAUAGUCUCAGCAAAAGUGGUUCGUGAUGAAAAUGGCAAAAGUAAAGGAUUCGGCUUUGUGGGUUUCUCUACCCUUGACGAGUCCAAACAUGCUAAAAGAGAGCUCCACGGUUUUUUAGUUGAUGGAAAGUCACUUGUUGUUCGAGUUGCUGAACGCAAGGAGGAUCGGUUCAAGAGGAUGCAGCAAUAUCAUCGAGUACGAGCUCACAUGCAAGCUCCUCCUGUACCUGCACCAGUUCAGCCAGUCCCACCGCAAUAUUAUGGAGUGCAGCCACGCAAUUACACUCAAGCUCUUCCUGUCCCUUCACAAGCUCAGCCAGUCCCACCGUCUAUGAGCAGCCCAUAUGGUUAUUUGCCGCAGCCAUUCCAUAUUGGAGCAUACUAUUACCCUAUGGCCACUCAGUUACCACAGAUGAUGAGUCACCGAAACAUGACUGCCUACGUUCCCGCUGGUCAAGCUCAUCUAAAGGAGAAAAGAACAGUUCAACUAGUCUACAAACGCCCGGGUUACAACACCUUAGCCAAGAGUGGUGCGAAACAGAAACUGGUCUUUAAGGGGCAGGGUGACAAAACUGUAGAGGCAGGGACUUGCUCUACCAAAGCGAAGACAUCUGCUGAAAAACGUAAAGAAGUAUCAUCGCAUUUGAUGGCAAUGUUGACACCAAAUAGGAAUGCUGCUUCAGAGAGCUUAGCACCACUUAAAGUUGCUUAACUUUGUCUCCCUCCUCCUGCUGUGGCUUUGAUCUUUUCUCACUGCUUAGGAAUAUUCUACCAUGUUCAUUUUAACCGUUCUUUGAUCU